AUGCCUGAGCAAACGGAGAUAGCCUCUUCAAUUCCUUUUGGAGCUGCGCCAGUUGGUAGCACGGACGGCGAUCCUUUGCCACGGGGCAGUAGAGAUGAAGCGCUGGAAGAAUGGGGAACUCAGGCAAAUGCCUCUGCAGUUCACCCCGUAGCCAAGCGCCCAUUCGGGCGGCUCAACUGGAAUUUACAACUGACACCCCUGCUCCUCGUGGCUGCCCUGACUGUGGCAUUUGUUCUUCUCCGUUGCUACCGUCAGCUCACUGUUCUAAACAGCCCUCGGAAAGGACCUCUGAGGUCGCUAGCUGAAGAGGAAGGUUCAGGGCGCGAGACGCUGUGCCAGAAAGCCGACUUGGCAAGUUUUCAGUCACCGGCAGGUGCCAGUGGUGACAAUGAAGCUGCGCUGCAACGACGAUGUGAAGAAGUAUUGCUAAGACUGACAAAAGUGACGAAAGAUUGCGCAUCUGUUGCUGUUUUGAUGCCGCCGGACUACUCGUUCACGGUAGUAUAUCUUUUCCUAGGAGCAUGCAUUCAAGAAGCUAGCGCCUUGUCUGAGUUGUUGAGAGGAAAUUUGGAUCAACGAAAGGUGGAGGUCCUUGAAGGAGCUAGAGAUGCAGCAAAGUAUGUGUUUCGCCUAUGUGGGCAACUGGUGGGACCGGGCAAGAGAACUCAUGCAUAUCACCUCAUCAAAUAUGCUGAAGAACUACGGGAUACCCCCCCAGAAAGUCCUCUGCUGCCGACUGCAGUGCGUAUACAGAUUAUAAAAGACCUUCUGAUGCUCCAGGAAACUGCUCUGGAACUUCUGGAAAAACUGCUUUCAUCCGUGUUCACUUCGUCUCAACCAAUUGACCGUCUUUCCACGGAAGCCGCACAUGAGAUUGUCGAAGAAUUGAAACGUAUCGUCUACACUCGGCGUCAGCAGUUGUUCACGAGCAAGCAUUUGAGCCACACUCUGCGAUGCCUUGAGGCGAAACGUACACGAGGAAGGUUAAUGCCUGGGCUGCAUAACGGGAACCAAGAUGAACCGCGCAGGCGGCCUCUCGACGAGCAACUUGACGACCUAAAGCACGGUAGACGUUGGGUUAAAACGCCUCUGCAGACACAAGGUGAAACAAAAGGUGCUUUUGAAGAUACCCCCCCAAAAAACGGGGGAUGCCCACCACAGCAAUGCCAGCCCCAAGGCAAGGGAAUGAAUACUCGUUCAGGCUUCCAUGCAAAGCGAAGGGGACCCCCACGGUCCGGGGUUCCUCCACGGUUUGCAAACAUUGGCGGCGGAGCCGGAUGGAGGCCGCCAGAAGAGCAGGCACAAGAGAGUGCGCUAACGACAGGAACAAGUCACACUCAGGAGGCAGAGCAGACGACGGGCAACCCCAGUCCUUCACAUAAACGUCUAAGUUACCCAGGAACUCAGGACAUGCCCAGCCAAGCCCUGGCCACCACCUCCCCUCCUGGUCCACCAUUGCCGACUCUGGGAAAAUCUCUUUCAGCAUUGUCGUUAAGCUCCCCGCCAAGCCAGGAUGGUCACCCCUCUUAUGGCCUUUUAACUUCUUCUGUGGCCACGAGCCCACAGCCACCUGAGCCAGCAGCAGAAGAAAAGUGGAAGGCACCAGGGUGGAGAGGGCAUGGUGCAACGCGCAGUGCCGCCCCCACUCCAGAAUCAUGGUCUCCGUGGUCUAACUCCUGGGCCCCCAACGUACUGUUUUGGCCUCAGCUUACCACUUCAGGUUCAACUUCCGCAACGACAGCAUCUGUUGGUCACAGCCAAGAGGGAGUUAGCUCAUCUCAGACCUCUCAACAACGUCUGCCUGACCCUCACUGA